UCUGCCUCAGUUUCCGACGGCCCAGAGAACGCGUAAGCUCUGGACGACCCAGGACUGUGAGGCGCAGGCGAAACAGCACCUUGCUCAGACCCUUCCUCCAGAUAGUUUUUCCACAGAAACCCCUCCCCACUCUGCAGAGCUGAGAGUCCUGAAGGUGCACCUGGUGGUGAGGAUCAGGAAGAGAAGACUUCCAGGAUAGGCCUAGGAGGAAUGGAGUCCAAAGAGGCACCAGCGGGAAAAAAUCCCAACAUGGAAAAUGCCCACCAGGAAAAGGACGGAAAGGAGCAAGAUAUUAAUAAAGGAGAGGCCUUGGCACUCCCUUUGGAAGCUGGUGAAUACUGUGUGCCUCGGUGUCGAUGGGACAUGAUUCAGAGGCUUGGAGAGCGGCAGGCAAGGAUGAGGGAGGAGAAUUUUGGCAGGAUUGGGGCGGAGGUGAGAUUGCUGAUAGAAAACACGAGGGGCAAGCAAUGGAGUCACGGUCUUCGUGCAGUGAGCACUAAACCCCCUCAGCGUGACCACCAUGUUGACUUUUGCCUUAUGCCCUGAAUCCUGAUGUGUGCCCUGCAAUUAACAGGGAGAUCCCUGCUUCCUAAACUUACAUGUGUGCACAGUACCUUUAUUAUAUACCUUUUGAUAUGACCUGUUUCUGAUGGGUCCUCUAUUACCAGCUUCUUACUGAAUGUUGUGUUUUUGACCCAGUCUCUGUAAAUUUCCAUCAGAAAGGGAGUUUUAUCUAUUGCCUAGAAACAUGCUCAUUAUAUAUUGUAAGGUUCAUAAAGCAAUUUAAUGAAGAAAUCUCUUUUCUUUUUUAUUUCAAAUUUUACAUUAUUAUUUUUUACAUAUAAAUGGUGUAAGAAUAAAGUA